ACUUUGAGACUUUGCAUUGAGGGGCCCGAGGUGACAGUGCGGGCUGCACGGCGGGCGGGGACCCGGGAGAGGAGGCGAGAGCAGUCGCGGUCGGCUGCAGAGGCGCCAACAGCGCCGCUCGUAAGAGAGACCGCCCGCUGCCGCAGCGCGCGCACCGGACGACCCGAGUGGCAGUCCGCAAUCAUGGGCCGCUGGUCGCUUGAGUCGCUGCUGCAGGCAUUUUUCAGCCUCCAGGGCCUGUCACUCGCGGCGACCCUGCUAAUCCUGGUCCAGUGCCUGCGCUCCCGGCGCACCAGGAGACCUGGUGAACCUCCCUUGAUUAAAGGCUGGAUUCCUUACCUUGGACAGGCUCUGAAUAUACAGAAAGAUCCCAUUGGUUCCUUUAAAACUCUUCAAAGUCAACAUGGUGACAUUUUCACUCUUCUCAUUGCUGGAAAGUAUAUAACAUUUAUCUUGGACCCUUUCCAGUUCCAGAUAGUGGAGAAAAAUUACAAACAAUUAAAUUUUCAUGUAUUUACUGGUAGAGUUUUAUCAAAAGUAUUUUUAAUCAAACAGUUGAUAUACAAUGAGUCUAUGAAUUAUGACAUCCAUCUCUGCUACCAGUUUCUACAAGGGAAGUCUUUGGACAUGCUCAUUGAAAAGAUGAUACAGAAUUUGAAGCAAGAUUUUGAACCCCAACUAUCAAAAAACACAAGUUGGACUACAGCACAUAUGUUUUCAUUCUGCACAUCACUAAUAUUUGAGAUCACAUUUUCAACCAUAUAUGGAAAAAGAUAUGAUGGCAACAAGAAAAUAAUUACUGAAAUAAGAGAUGAUUUUAUAAAAUUUAAUGACAAGUUUUCUUAUUUGUUAUCCGACAUACCCCAUGAGUUUCUAGGAAAUGUCAAGUCUAUUCGAAAGAAACUUAUACAAAGUUUGGCAUCAGAAAACAUAUCUAAGAUGCAUGGAGGGUCAGAAAUUCUUCAAAUGAGACAAAAUGUCCUGGAGAAAUACUAUUCACCUGAGGACAUUGAAAUAGGAGCACAUCAUUUAGGCUUUCUCUGGGCCUCCGUGGCAAACACUGCUCCAGCUAUGUUCUGGGCAAUGUAUUAUGUUCUACAGCACCCAGAAGCUAUGGCAGUGCUGCGUGACGAAAUUGACCAUUUGCUGCAGUCAACAGGUUACAAGAAAGGUUCUGAAUUUUCCAUCCACCUCACCAGAGAACAAUUGGACAGCCUGAUCUACCUAGAAAGCACCAUUCUAGAGACUUUACGACUAUGCUCAUUUUCAAGCAUCAUUCGUUCUGUUCAAGAAGAUAUGACUCUAAAUUUUGAGACCGGAAAGUACAGUUUGCGAAAGGGAGACUUGGUAGCUAUCUUUCCUCAGUUCAUGCACUAUGAUCCCGAAAUCUUUGAAGCUCCAGAGGAGUUUAGAUUUGAUCGUUUCGUAGAAGAUGGUAAGAAGAAAACCACCUUUUUCAAAAGAGGGAAAAAAUUGCGAUAUUACCUGUUACCAUUUGGAUUUGGAAUCAGCAAAUGUCCAGGCAGAUAUGUGGCAAUCAAUGAGUUAAAGCUGAUGUUGAUUGUAUUUUUAACUUAUCUCGACUUAGAAAUAAUUAGCACUGAACCUCUAGCACUGAGCCAUAAACGCUUUUUUCUUGGUAUUGAGCAUCCGAGUUUUGAUGUUCUAUUUAGGUAUAAACUAAAAUCUUAAACAAGUUAAAGGGAAAUAUAUAUAAAAAAGGGAAAUAUAUAUAUGUAUAUAUCUAUUCUCUGCUUAUCCAUUUUGUUUUUAAUUUCUGUUAAUUGUUUGUUUUUUGUUGUUGUUGGUUUUGAAAGUGUCCAUUUCUUUUAGAUUCAGAGAUAACUGUAAUGGUUACUGAAGAGAAAGAGGGGA